AUGUCACGCGGUGGUCGAGCGGAGAAUGGAAGUGUAAGGAGACGGCGAGACAUUCGAAGCAGAUCCCGCAGCCCACAAAAAGGCGAUCAGAAGAGAAUCGCAGGAGGACGUGACGGCGACAGACGCAGUGGUGCUAACGACCGAAUGGUGUUUAUCACCAACCUUGCGUAUGAGGUUCGCUGGGCAGAAUUGAAGGACGUACUUCGUGAGCAUGGUGGAGAGGUCGUUUUUGUCGAGCUGCUGGAGGACCGUAACGGACAGCCGAAAGGAAACGCAAUUGCGGAGUUCAAGACAAAAGAAGGCGCUGCAAACUGCCUCAAAAAUCUCGAUGGAUUUGAAAUUCGCAAGAGAAAAAUGAUCACAAAGGCCAUUCGCGAUCCUAUUGCUUUUCUCCGCAAAGUGCAGGAGGAAACAGGUAUUGACUACUUGGCUAAGUGUGCUGGCAUUGGACGUGGACGAAGCGAUGAGCGUCCAACUCGCACUGGGAGCUAUGAUUUAUUUGGACUCAGUCCCGAAUUCCUACGUCAACACAGCAUUGAACCACCGCUUUGUGACCGUGUUUUUAUUGCAAAUUUGUCGUUUAACGUUGGGACUGCCCGUAUCUAUGAAAUUUUUGGUCUUGCCGGUAACAUCGUCUGGAUGGAUCUUCACAUGGACAAGGAAGGGAAAAGCAAGGGAGUAUGCGUACUUCAGUUUUCACAUCCUAUAGAGGCUGUUCAAGCGAUUUCAAUGUUCCAUGGACAAAAACUUUAUGACCGCGUUCUUGUCGUAAAAAUGGACAGAUACGAGAAGAGUGAACCAAAUCGUGAAGGCGCUCUACCGCGUGGUCUUGAGAGAAUUGGAGCUGGACUUGGGGCCAAUGGAGCUCCGCUUACUGAUAUUGCUUCUGUGGUAGCGAGUAUGCGCGGUGAUUCUGUGGCACCACCUACACCUGUAGCUCCUGUUGCAUCACAGCCUAGCCAGUUUUCAUUUGGUAUGGGAAGUGGCGUCGUAUCAUCUACCUCUGCAUUCCAGUCUAAUCCAUACUCCGGAUCAUCACAUAUCUCGAAUGGUCAGAAUUUCGCUUCACUAGGUAGUGCAGUGAGCUCAUUUUCUUCAGGACUUGGUGGAUUUGAUUCAAGAAGGGAUGAUUCAUUUGUCGGGUCCGACUCGCGAAGAGAUGAUCAAUUUGGGCUCAAUUUCAACGUCAGCAGAGUUGUAGCCAUCAAGAAUCUACCAUUGGAUUACACUUGGCAGAUCGUUCGCGAUCGAGUUCAGCAGUUCGGGGAGACGGAAUCUGUUGAAAUGAUUGCGCCUGGGGUGGCACGUAUUCGCUUUGCUCUUAUUCAGGACGCUGAACGUAUGCGUGGGGCGCUUACAGGAACUAGCGUGGAAGGUCGUACAAUUUCAGUCGAGUACAUGCACUGA